AUGAAUUCUUCAGAGAAGGAACAAGUGGACUGUACUAAUUUUUCAUCGCUGUCUCGUAACAAGACUCAGACUGCAGCUGGGUGGAACUCUGAAGUGACAUCCUGUUUCUUUUGGAGCCUUGCUUACAACGAGGUUUUAUUAAACAUCUCCACACUUACAGUUCUGAUGCUCUUCACUUUUUCCCUGGUUGUGAACAUUUAUCUGAUCCUGGGACUGGAACACUCAGAAGCUCUUUCCUGGAAUCCACGUUAUGUGCUGUUGAAGAACCUGAUCGUGAGUGAUUUGCUCCUUACUCUGACCAUCGGUCUUCCAGCACUUCGUUGCUUGCUGUGCCGGGAAACCCUAAGCUUUAACUUCAGAUGCAUAGCACAGUACUUCACAGGGGCACUGGCUAUCAGUAAUUCACUUCUUACAGUCACUUCCAUGGCUUUGGAGCGCUUUCUGUACACAUGCCAUGGCAUCCGCUACCUGGGUAUCAUGACCAACAUGCGAAUACUCUGCUUUAUGAUCCUCGUCUGGUCGGUGGCUUUAACAGGCGCUGGGACGUCUACUGUUUUGGUGCUGAUGGGCGGAGCAAAAUUUGGUCACAUCAUUGCAGCAUUUGUAUGCGAGCCAGAAGUUGUGCAAGCUCAGCUUGAGCAUUCAAAGUAUUUUGAGGCAUUCAACAAAAUCUUUGUCGGAUCCGUGCUUUUUCUUUGCCUCCUUUUGUUCUUGUUCUCCUACGGCCGUAUGUAUCAGGAAGCCCGGCAGGUUCAGCAACCAUUCCAGCAAGACAAUGCUCGUGCCAGAUGUACCAUCUCUUUUUACUUUGCCAUCUUUUUGCUUCAGUUGUUUCCAAGCACAGUUAAAUUAAUUGCUAUGUUUGGCAAGAACGUGGACAGUCACAUCUAUAUGUUAAUACUUGUAUUGAUUCCACCAUGUGUCAACCCACUGGCAUACGGCAUCAGAAAUAAGGAGGUGCGUCAGGCCCUGGGGCGUCUUUGUGAGUGGGGGAAACUUAAAGAACUAUUUUGUCGGUGA